AGUUAAUAAUAAUUUUGUUGUUCUAUCUGCCUAUCUCUUUGGCUUCAAUUGAACAACAACCAGUAGCAAAUAGAGUCUCUACCGGUACAGAACAAUUAUAACACGAUGUACUAUCUAGUUAUUGGUGCUAUUUUCCUGAUAUUUUUGUAUCUUCGGUUUAAAAAAACAUAUUGGGAGGAAAGAGGUAUCCCUGGACCUAAACCGUGGCCCAUUAUUGGGAAUAUUGGAGCAAAUUUCAUAGGCCAGAAGACUUUGGGAGAAGUUUUUUUCGAUAUAUACAGAAAAUAUGAGGGUUAUCCAUUUGUGGGUCUAUUCAGAGCUAAGUCUCCUUGUUUGUUGGUGAGGGACCCAGAAUUAGUGCAACGCAUCCUCGUCAAGGACUUCAAAUUUUUCAGAAACAACGAGAUGUAUGUUGACAGAAAUGUCGAUAUACUUUUGGGUUUUAAUCCUUUUGUAUUACGUGAUCAGGAAUGGAAGGAUACUAGGCAAAUGCUUACACCAGGAUUCACGAGUGGAAGACUCAAAGGCCUUUUUCCAAUUAUCACAAGUAUAACUCAAGAGUUUGUCCGAUUUAUUGAGCAUCAUCCCAAUGCUCACACUGAGGGUAUCGAAACAAGGCUUCUGACAAAACGUUUUACUUCGGACAACGUUGCUAAAGCUGCUUUCGGCAUUGACGGUAAAGCUUUUGAAAGUUAUGACAACAUGUCUGAUUUCAUGCAAAUGGCCAAUAGUUUCUUUACACCCGGUACAAUACAAGCUAUUUUGUUGCAAAUUGUUCAGAUAUUUCCAGCCUCGGUAAAAUACUUUCCCAUCAAAUUAGUACCUACUAAAUUGGAGAACCAAAUUGUUUCGAUAAUAGUCGACGUAAAACGACACAGAACAAACAACGAUGCAGUGCACAAAGACUAUCUUCAAUUCCUGCUAGAAUUGAACAAGGAAAAAAAAUUCAGUGACAAGGAGAUCACAGCUCACGCGAGCACAUUCUUUUUUGACGGCUACUUCACGUCAUCCCUUGUCCUAAGCUAUAUCCUUCUCUGUUUAGCUCAAAACCCGGAAUACCAAGAACGAGUGAGAGAGGAAAUACGUAAAGUUGAGGAGAAUAAUAAUGGGGAAAUUACUUAUGAGGGUCUGCAGGAGAUGGAGUUAGUGAACGCUUGUUUUUUUGAAUCCUUACGGAUGUAUCCUGUUCUGGAAAUGUUAACAAAAGUAUGUACAGAGCCUUACGAAUAUACUUGCGAAGAUCCAGAUUUUAAAAAGAUGACAGUCAGCUUUAAACCGAAUGAUGUUGUCAUACUUCCCUAUGGAAUGUUCGGGAAAGACCCGAAAUAUUUCAAGGACCCAGAGAAAUUCUACCCAGAGAGAAUGAUGGACAAGGAUGGAACCACUAAUAGAGUGUUCUUUCCUUUUGGGUUAGGACCCAGAGUGUGUAUAGGACAGCGACUUGGAAUUAUGCAAGUAAAAAUCGGACUAGUUCACGUGAUUAAAAACUUUGAAGUCACUAUAAGCCCGAAACUUCAACAACCUAUUAAAAUGCAUCCCUUCAAUUUCAUGAAUGAGGUCAAGGGUGGCGUUUGGUUAAGAUACAAAAAGAUCAAGAACUAAAAAAUGUACAUAGCGUAUGAUCGAAAAAAAAAACGGCGUCAAAGACGGCCGGGGAAUAUCAAUCGAUGCUAAUUUUGGCAGGGUCAAGUCCUAGACGUCAUCCAGACCCACAAAUCUAUUUCCAAAAAAUAGUUUUUCUCGAAUUUUAAAGUACACAAUUUAAAAAUCAUCGUCUAGAGAUUGGCCUCGUCAAAAUUAGCAUCGAUUGUCAUUCCUCGGCCGUCUAUGACGCCGUUUUUUUUUCGAUCGUAUGGUACAAGUUGUUGUUAAAUUUGAAAAAAUGUCUGUAUUACAG